AUGCUUCUAAAACUAUUUUUUUUGGCAGUCGCUGCAUCGGUGGCUCUUGCUGCCUCCAGUGAGGCAUUGAAACAAUGUCUCGAGAAUGUGUUCACAGACCGAGCAGGCUUUGCCUUCGCUGGAGAUCUAUUCUAUGACCGUAUUGUGAAUCGCUACAACCUUAACAUUCCCGUUACUCCAUCAGCGUUGGCUUUCCCUACCUCUUCUCAACAGGUGGCUGAUAUAGUCAAAUGUGCCGCGGAUAACGGAUAUCCAGUCCAGGCCAGAAGUGGAGGACACAGCUAUGGCAACUACGGUCUUGGAGGGGCCGACGGCGCCGUUGCGAUUGACUUGAAGCAUCUCCAACAAUUCUCCAUGGACAAGACAACUUGGCAAGCGACAAUUGGGGCGGGAAGUUUGCUGAGUGAUGUGACACAGCGAUUGUCCCACGCCGGAGGACGGGCUAUGUCUCACGGAAUAUGUCCUCAAGUCGGUUCGGGAGGACAUUUCACAAUUGGUGGUCUUGGUCCGACCUCGCGUCAAUUCGGUGCCGCACUUGACCAUGUACUGGAGGUUGAGGUGGUUCUGGCCAACUCGAGUAUUGUCAGAGCCUCUGACACCGAGAAUAAGGACCUCUUUUGGGCUAUCAAAGGUGCUGCCUCGGGCUACGGUAUCGUCACGGAGUUCAAGGUCCGAACCGAGCCUGAGCCUGGUACUGCAGUGCAGUAUGCAUACAGUAUGGAGUUUGGCAACCCCACGAAGCAAGCGGCCCUUUUGAAGAGCUGGCAGGCCUUCGUGUCAGAUCCGAAGUUGACUCGAAAGAUGGCGUCUACCCUCACUAUGCUUGAGAAUAGUAUGGCAAUUAGCGGCACCUUCUUCGGCACCAAGGAAGAGUAUGAUAAGUUGAACCUAACCAACAAGUUCCCUGGUGCAAAUGGCGAUGCAUUGGUUUUCGAGGACUGGUUAGGUCUUGUCGCCCACUGGGCUGAAGAUCUUAUUUUACGGUUGGCCGCUGGAAUCCCAACAAAUUUUUACGCAAAGUCUACUUCUUGGACACCCCAGACCCUCAUGACCCCGGAGACUAUCGACAAAAUGUUCGAUUACAUUGCUACCGUCAACAAGGGUACUUUAGGCUGGUUCCUGUUAUUCGAUUUGCAGGGAGGCUACACCAAUGACAUCCCAACUAACGCUACAUCUUACGCCCAUCGUGAUGUCCUCAUCUGGCUACAGUCCUACACAGUCAAUUUCUUGGGACCAAUCUCCCAGGCCCAGAUCGACUUCCUCGAUGGGCUCAACAAGAUUGUCACCAAUAAUAAGCUACCCUACACUGCCUACCCGGGUUACGUUGAUCCUCUUAUGCCCAACGCACCCGAGGCAUACUGGGGCACCAAUCUCCCCCGACUGCAGCAGAUCAAAGAGCUAGUUGACCCAAACGAUGUGUUUCGGAAUCCACAGAGCCCAUCCCCUGCAAACAAGGAGCCUUUGUGA